AUGACUCAUCUUUUCUGGAAAACGGAAACCAUUUUGGAAGAAGAAGAGGAGAACAAUAUUUUACACAAUGUUCGAAGGACAGGAACAGCAGCCACCCUUUUGAACUUGUCUUAUUUCGAGCCAGAGACCGUCCAAAGAGUCUUCAAUGAGCUUUUCCUUUUUCUCAAUAACCCUGCACUGGACCAUUUGUUUCGAAAUCCAAAGACUAACAAGCUUAAGGAACAUUUUGUGUUUGUGGUGGACAAUGGUCCCUCUGAGGCUCCAGCAAGUACUCUGGUAAGAAUGUGGUUGGUUCGUUUGGCAAGACUGCUUCAAUUAAAGACUGUCACCCAGAAGUCGUUUGCAGAAUACCAUAGCAAAAGAAACCCGGUAGAGCGAGUACACGCUGUCCACAACCACGCCCUUUCCAAUGAACAGUUUUCCAAGUAAGGAGGUGUACAGUGAGUACGAGAUUGGCGACACCAGGCAUAAAGAAAACAUGGAGCAUAUGGCUGAAAAAGUGAGGCAGUGCUUAAUGUACACACAGUAUGGUGGAAAUCCAUGUCACGCUCUACGAGGAAUUGGCGCAGAUGAGAAUUUUAUCUUCGUCGAUGAAGAGGAACUCGUGACCUUUCUUGGUAAAAGUGAAUUUCGUAAAAACGAGGAUGAGGGUCAAUACCAGCCUGUUAAAACAAAAUUGUGGAGGGACGUAGCUACCGUCUGGAACUUAAACGAAAACUUUGUUGGGAGCUACAGAGAUGACUACCAAAUUGUGCAAAACAGCUACGACGAAGAAGGCGAACGCACUUGUUGGUCCGACAAGUAUUCCACGGUUAUAUUCAAUCCUGACAUUUCACGUUCAAGACAAGAGAAGUGUUUUACCAUGCAACCCAUUCCUGGUUAUGUGAGGUGGCUCAAAACAGGUGGGGAGAUGCAUUACUUGCCGCUUGAGAAAUUACAACAGCUACACACAGAGGUUGUUGAUAACACCUGCAGCGUUUCUACCAUCAAAAAUCUUAGUGCUGACGUGUGAGGUGUUUUCUUAUGGAGUGGAAACAAUUUUGCCAUGUAUUUCGUUUAUUAGCUGGUGCACAGAGGAGGAUGUCAACGUGUUCUUUAAAGACUUCAAGGAAAAAAAAAACGAUAAAUCAUUUAUUAAUGACAAGGAGAGAGAAUAUUGGGCACAACACGAACUUUAUCAAGAGAAAAGUAAGGACGAAUUGCAAGCACUAUGUCUCCAAAAAAAGCUCCCAGCAGAAGGGAAAAAGCAUGACUGCGUCAAGUGCCUUGUAGAGAAGAUGGAAUGUGAACUACUACCUCCAUUAAACGUGUACAGCGGGCAGCUCGAUUCUUUGCCGAAUUCAAUCUCCGAAAUUUCAAAGUUGUCCGUGUACAAACUCCGUGAGAUCCUGCGCUUUCACAGCAUCUUAGACUGCAGCACCAAGGAUGAACUGGUAAUAAGGGUGGGAAUAAAUCGGGGAGAGCUUAUUUAGCAUUUCAAAAGGAACUAGAGGCCACAGUGAAUCUUGUUACCGCAGUCACGUCACUAAUAACUGCAGAGAAAUCCCUGUACCUGGCAGAUCCACGAAUACUGCAUAAAAGGAGGGCGUUUUCAACUCCUGCGCAAAGUUCCUUAAGCACGAAAAGGCCCAGAGAUACUGCCUCCAUAGCAGCUAGAAGGCAAAGUUCAUUUCUGACUGUCGCUCGAGGAAUUACUCUAGACAACCUAGAGGAAGUGCUGGAGCCUUUGAAAGUUGAACUCGGCCUUUACGAGGAGCGCAUACGGUUAGCCAACAACAACUCGGGGACAACACCAAGGUCAGAAGAUGGUUACCAGAUGGACGCGAUGAGAUUGGUUGGCAAAAGGGUUUUGGCUUAUUGGAGCAAAAAUGAAGUUGGAAAUACAGGAUGGACAACGGGUAAGAAAUUUAGUUUGGAAAAAUCAUAAAUAUGCUGUAUUCCUCUUUGAAAUCCUGCAGUUUAGAUAUAUGGUACGGUAAAUGCCCCUAUAAUAAAUCAUUGCUUUUUGGAAUUUAAGUUGUUGAUAGGGUCGUUGAUACGAAAUGUAAGUUGGGUAAAUUUCAGACUGGACAGUGUUUUCUUUAAUAAAUUUAUCGCUAGGUUGGUAUGUCGGGACUGUAAAGAACUAUGACAAAGAGAAGGAUGAAGUUGGGAUAGAAUUCGACACAGAGAGGGAAGCAACGUACAAGUAUUGUGUUGCUCAAGAAUUUAAGACCAACCGAUUGAAGCUAUCCAAGGCCACCACAAAGAAACUGGAAUUCUACGAGGAAAUUUUUGAAAUUGGUGCAAGGGUCGAUAUGAAAUGGACAAAGGAAGACCUUUCUGAGACGGAAUGGCCAGCUGGUAAGUAA